GUUCUUGCCGGAAGGGGCGGGCCGCCAUUCCGGCCGGGACCGGCUCCGAUUUUUUUCUGCGCUUCCAGCUCCGGCGGCCGCGACUUCAGGGAGGCGGAGAGCAGCCCCUCGCCUCACCGGGGGCAGGAUUACAGGUAGUGCAGGCAGUAAAUUUGAGACCAAUUCUUCCAGACAUAAUGGCAACCUACACCUGCAUCACGUGCCGCGUGGCUUUCAAGGAUGCUGACAUUCAGCGUGCCCAUUACAAAACUGACUGGCACAGGUACAACCUGAAGCGUAAGGUUGCUGAAAUGCCUCCUGUCACUGCUGAGAACUUCGAAGAGAGAGUCCUAGCCCAGAGAGCAGUAGCAGAGGAGCAGAACAAAAUCACUGCUACUUACUGCACAGUUUGCAGCAAGAGAUUCUCCACCUUCAAUGCCUACGAGAAUCACUUGAAGUCCAAGAAGCACUUGGAGUUGGAGAAGAAAGCUGUUCAAGCUGUCAACAAGAAGGUGGAAAUACUAAAUGAGAAGAACCUGGAAAAGGGGCUGGCCCCAGAGAGUGUAAACAAAGAUGAAAUGAAUGCAGCUAUUCAGCAAGCCAUCAGAGCUCAGCCCUCUUCCUCUCCAAAGAAGACGCUUUUACCUCCUAGUAAUGCAAGCAGCUCUCCAGUUUCUAUGGGAAGUACCAGUGUAUUGCAGAGAAGACAACAAUUGGCAAAGCCUCCACGGCUACAGUGGUUUGAACAGCAAGCAAAGAAGCUGGCCAAACAGGCAGAGGAGGAGGAGGAGGAGGAUAUGGAAGAAGAUUGGGAAGAUAUGGGUUCUGAUGAGACCAUCAGCUCUGAAGAAGAGAUGGAAAGUGCAGAAAAAGGAGAGGCACAGGCAGAAGCUGAAAGCCUUCUUGCUGUUGGGGCCAUACCAAUCACAGACUGCUUGUUCUGUACUCACCAUUCAAGAUCUCUUACCAAAAAUGUGGCCCAUAUGUCAAGAGCUCACAGUUUCUUCAUUCCAGACAUAGAGUAUCUUGUGGAUCUCGGAGGACUAAUCAAGUACCUGGGAGAGAAGGUUGGCGUUGGGAAAAUCUGCAUCUGGUGCAAUGAAAAAGGGAAAUCCUUCUACUCUACAGAAGCAGUACAGGCUCAUAUGAGAGAUAAAAGCCACUGCAAACUCUUCACAGAUGGAGAUGCUGCCCUGGAAUUUGCAGACUUCUAUGAUUUUAGGAGCAGCUACCCUGAUCACCAGGAUGGGGAAGACGUGGAGCUGCAUGGAGAGCGACCAGCACACAGGGAGUUGGAUUAUGAUGAUGACACCAUGGAGCUGAUCCUUCCUUCAGGUACACGUCUGGGUCACCGCUCUCUGAUGAGGUACUACAGGCAGCGGUUCGGUCCGUCCAGAGCGGUUGUUCCUGCGAAAAAUACCAAAGCAGUGGGUCGGGUGUUGAGGAAGUACAGAGCUUUGGGCUGGACAAGUGAGACAGGGGCAGUCUUUGCUCAGAAGCGUGAUCUGCAGUAUCUGCAGAGGAUGAAGUCGAAGUGGAUGCUCAAGACAGGAAUGAGUAACAAUGCUACAAAGCAGAUGCAUUUCCGGGCACAAGUCAGAUUCUGAGUUCCCAAGAGAGCUGCUUUCAACUGGUUUUGGGAAGGUGAAUUUAAUGGUUUCUGGGUUGAGGAUUGUGUUAUUAAAAUUGACUCGGUACCUAUCCAAUGGUGA